ACAGCCACGUGCACUUGACGUAAUUGACGCCGUGAAGCUCGCGCCUGAGAGAGACACCUUGAGCCAGGCACGACUCACGUGUGGAGCUAAAUAUGCAGCAGAGAUGAAACGGAAAGAAGCGCGAGGCUGACCGCGGGACUCAAACACCUGGAGCUCCGAGGAGAGGCGUCAUGAAGAAACACCAGAGCCCCAGCAAACUGCCACCGCGGCCGUGCUCUCCAGCCGUGCUCCCGGCGCACAGCGGAGACAUCACCGUCCAACAACUCAACGAGCUGGUGUCGGACGGCAGCGGCUUCUACCAACUCCCCACGCAGCACUUCAACGAGGUCUACCCAAGGAUCUACAUCGGAAACGCCUUUGUGGCCCAGAACACGAUGCGCCUGCAGAAGUUGGGGGUGACCCAUGUGUUGAAUGUAGCGGAGGGGACUUCGUUUAUGCACGUGAAUACCAGCGCUGAGUUUUACGCUGGGACGGGGAUCACGUACCACGGCAUCUCGGCCAACGACACCGAGCAGUUCAACCUCAGUGCCUACUUUGAGGAGGGGGCGGAGUUCAUCGACAAGGCACUAGCGCACAAUAAUGGCAAAGGAAAGGUGUACGUUCACUGCAGAGAAGGCUACAGCCGCUCCCCGACCAUGGUGAUCGCGUACCUGAUGCUCCACCACAAACUGGACGCCCGGCAGGCAGUAGCCACGGUCCGCCACAAGAGGGAGAUCGGCCCCAACGACGGCUUCCUGCGCCAACUCUGCCAGCUCAACGAGAGACUGGUGAAGGAGGGGCGACUGAACGGAGAGGUGCCCAAAAUCAAGACCAAAUGACGAGCCAUCCAGAGACGCUGUAGUGAAACCUCCCAUCAUGCCUUGAGACUGGCCCCACCUCAAAACCAGCACUGACUCACCAGGGGUAUUUUAAAGCGGUUCACGUGAUACACUCCUCCCACAUAACCACGCUGCUGUUUAAAUGGGUAUCUCUCUAUCUCUUUCUCUCUUUCUACUUUUCUAAAUCAUGUGUCAUGUUUUUCACCAAUCAAUUUCCACAAAUGUCGAUAAUCAUUUUGUUUUUUUUGUUUUGUUUUUGUAGUAGAAUAUUAGAGCACAAUCAUUCCAUAGUGUCCACUGCCGGAAAGUCUCAUAAUGUUUGAUAGUUGAACAUAGAUACAUUCCAUUUAGGUUUUGAGACCCUUAUUCUUGUAAUGAGUCCUCCGAGCCCUAGGAGGCACUAGUAUUCAAUGCACAACAAACUGUAAAUGUUUUAUAUCUUCGUUAAUCAGCACUUACCUGUCCCAGUUCUUUUUACUUGUCUCCUUGACUCUCUGACUCCAUGAUUUCUCGAUUAAGGAAAAAUUAGUGUGAUUCCUGAACAAGUAAAAGCAAGUUGGUUGAGUUGAGAAAUGUAUUUUUAAACAUUUUUCACUAGCCACUUGUCAGUAGCAGAGACAACAGAGGAAUAAAGGAGACAAGGAGGCUAGGAAACACAAAUGGGACUCUGCCUAUGUAGUAGUGACGGUAAAUUGGUGAAAAUACCUGCCUCAAAAAUGACUGAAGCUGAUGAACAUAGUGAAACUGAACAGUGACCUCUGCUGUCCAUUUGGUAGAACUGUGCCUGAUGGAAGUCCAUAAAGAACAUCAAACCUGGGCGUUGUUCUGCUGUGGUCAUGUGAUCAAACGCCGUCUACAAAAGAUCAAUACAGCCAGUGUGAGGCAAAUAUGGAUCUCUUUUAGCUGUCAGAUAAUCCUACAGUACGAUGGAUGGCAUUUGCAAUGGUACAUAUUCACUAUAAAAUUAUUCGAAAAUAUUGUCAAAAGCAUUGGAGUAAUCUAGUAUGGUGAAUUAUGCUGGAUGCUCUGUCAAAUCUUCAAAUAAUUUAGGUUUGGGACUAAACAGCCUAGUCAGUUAUGUGUCAGCCCUGUUUAAACUUUUAUUAUAACUAACUAUAGCAUCAAAAUAUAGUCUGCCACAGUAUGUAGAAUGACUUUCAAAUAGUAAACAUGUUUAUUCUUCUAUGUAGUUUUCCUACAUCACAGAAGCGGGUUCGAACUUAUUAAAUCUCUUCUUUUUAGUCAAACCCCCCAACAUUAUCGCCAAGUAUAUGUUUUGUCCCCAUAACCCUAAGAUAAACAUACCCUUAUUACUGUACAUGUGUUUGACGUUACUUUCAAAUUGUAAACAAAUUCAUUAUAUAUAUGUAAUUUUCCUACAUUACUAAAGCGGUAAGUGUCAGCCAUUUUGAUCAGAUACCUAAAGUUUUUCGCUAAAUGUACGUUUUUGUCCCAAUAACCCUAAGAUAAACAUGCCCUUAUUACUACACAUGAGUUUGGUGUUAGUAAUAAAUGUUAUAAGCUCUUCUCCCAUCGUCGUAGAGUGGAUUCACUGCCCGACACAGCCAUUCGUGUCCACCAUUUUAGUGUGCCAUACCCUACAACCCCAAGCACACGACUUCACUAGUUUGAUUUUCUACAAAAGCAUUGCAAUAUAUGUCAAUACUCCCCCAUCUAAAUGUAACCACAGAGAGUAGUAGUCACAUAUAGGCCUCAUUUAACACUUAUAUCACUUCUUAUAGCAAUGUAUUUAACUGUAGUACAUGUAGUAGUGAGAUGUGGAAUCGUGAAUGCAUAUUUGAAAAUGUAUUUGAGUGAACACUAGGGAUGUCAAGACAAAUUUAUUAAUCGAUUAUCAUGACUAUUUACGUCAAAAAUAAUCGUAAGAACUCUUCAAUUUAUACUCUAAAAAUUAAACAUGCAUUAUUUAACAUGCUGGGAGUAACACUACCUGCUUGUCUCAAUGAAGAUGUUGUUUAUUUAUGUGGAAUGUUCUGCAGUAUGGCAUUAAAUGUGUGGCAUCUCCCGCUUGUCUCUAUAGAGGUAGAUAAUGCCAUUGUGUGGAACAUUCUAUAAUAUUUCCAUGGAGACAAGCAGGUGGGAGGAGGAGUCUUCAGCAGAAAGGUUACAUAGUGCGUCUUUAAACUAUAUACAGAUUUUUCAUUCUAUUGUAGUAGUAAUAUAGUGUACGUAGAAUGAAAGUAAAUUGUGGAUUUGACUGUUUUUGUGAAUUAUCGCGAAUAACCGUUUAAUUAUGAUGUGAUGUUUUUACUCACAAUGAUCGUAACGCAACAAUUUGACGACGUGACAUCCCUGGUGAAAGCAUAGGGCCUAAGCUUCAUGGCAUAACCCAGCCCACCUUUGCUAUAUCUGUAUACAUACUAGCAUAUACAUGUAUACUGUAUAUACAUAUAAGUGUUGACAUAUAUGAAUGUAUCCGCAAUGUGUCUCUAAUGUGUAGGUAUGUAGUCCCUUUGUCUCCUAUAUGACAUCACAGUGUACUCAGCACCUUCAGUUCUGCAUGUACAAGUACUACAAGUGUACAUGCAAAGUACCAUCACUUAUGUGUAAGAUAUAUAAAUAUAUAUACUACUGCGAUUAUGCAAACUCUGCUUAUAACUGUGAGGGUUUGAAUGCUUAUCUGGGCACUGAGGCAUGCGUCAUGUUUUUAGUCUGACUUUUUUUCAUACAGGCACUUUUGUUUCGACAUAAUUACAUAGUAUACGGUUUUAUGGUAAUGGUAUUUAAAAUAAUCGUAUAUUGAUAAAAUGCAAAGUACUACAUUGAACCAACAUUCAUAGAUUUAUCCCUGUAGUCCCCAUACCCAAAUGAUGGGUGGUUUUAAAUUUUGGAGUUUUAUUGACGUGGACGAUUUAUGUUAUUGUCAAUUGUAACAAUAAAAAAAAAAAAAAAGCUAAAUCUUUGAAACAAGGUGAUAUUUUUGCACUUUUGUGGUUAAUUUUACAGUAUUUGUUAAAAAUUUACUAUCCCGUUUUAGCAAAUUUUCUAACCCUCGUAAUCAGGGCAAUCCAGAAAAUGUAGAAUUGUUUGUCUAUAUUACCCACCCCGAGUCAAUGAUCUUGUAUUGAUUUAAGGUUGUUUUUGAAUAACAUUUCUGUCUCCUACUUGUAUUUUCAGACUACAGUACUGCUAAUAUGAAUAGAUAAUUACACUACUAUUACGAGUCCUGCCUGUUAUUAUUGGCAGGUGUUGUGAUGCUUCUUAUAUGGGGCAAUAACAUUUUAUUAAAGCAUACUCAUAGGACUGCCAUCUCAUAACAUGCAUCUGAUCGUGUUUGAAACUCCGCAGCUUUGACUCGUUGUGAAAGCCUUGCUGCUCCAGGCUAUUGUCAAGCAUUAUGUCACCUCAUCACAAACCCCAAACCUCUCCACAAUUAUGAUCUGGUCCUGAUUCAAGUACAGAUGGUGUAACUGGCUUUGUACAAUAACAGUGAUUUUGCUACAAAGCCAGGGAAGCACUUAGUAUGUGCAGUACAAGCAUCAAUACUGCCCUCCCACUAGAAUGAAAAAAGCAACAAUCUGAAGUUUUGAUAAUUUCCUUUGCAUUGGUUCAGAAUGAGGGUAGGCACCUAAAAGCAUUUAACUGCCUGUACUUUGACACACUACAGUAUGUGAUGUGAAUGCCACACUAAUGUCACGACCGCCAUCACAGGCUCAUGUUUCUAAUCUGUAUUUUUGGGCAAAUUUAUAAUGUGUUUAUAAUGAACACCCCUCAAAGCAAAGAUAUUGAAGAUGUCUGUCUCUACACAUUCAUACAUUUACGUGUAUCGUAACACUGCCACCUGCUGUUCAAAUCUGAUUUGCACAAUUUAAGUUCAAUCUGCUUGUUUCUAAAAGUGUGUAAAAUACUGUCAAUCAGAAGUGAAGCCUCACAGAGUGUAAGGGUGUUGCCUGGUUUUGUACUGUGUUUCUAUGUGAGUUGUAAAAAAGCUAUGUAUUCUUGCAAAUGGUCAAAUGUGAAAUGCCAUUGAUGUACAAUGUAAUGUACGUAUAUACUGAGUAUGUAAACCACAAUGAGCAAUUGAAUUGCUAAUUUUACCAUAUAUUCUGGGGUAAAACUGUAUACAGGAUUGUUUCAUAAUAUGAAUGUACUGAACUUUGAAUUGUAAAUUAAUCAAAUUGUUUUUUGGUCAAAUUUUGUCUUGUUACUUGGAUCAUUUCCACCUGUAAUCAUGGUUAUUUUGUACAAAAAGAAACAGGUAUUGAUGAUGUGAUAACGAUACCAACUGUCAAAUAGCGUCUGGCUGAGUCCUGGUUUACUGUUUGUAUGCAGGGUGAGUCACUCGUAAAAGCAGUCAAACCUGGGUCUGCCAAAAAGUUACCGCAAAAAAGAAAAUUGGAUGCAAAUUACUUUGUUACGUCAGGUAAAAUUUGUCUCUUGACACUUAAAUUGGCUAACAAAUGACUUCCUGUGAUUGCCAUAAAACUAAUACACCCUGAUGGAGAAUGACUAAAAUGUUGCAUCAUGGAAACUCAUCUGGAUCUGAAGUGACCUGAGGCUAACACGUGUUUAAGUAAAUAGAGAAGUCAUUUACUAAUAGUUUUGGCAGACGUCAGAGCUGUUUCUUUAUCCAAACAAGAGGCUAAAGCGGAGUUAGCACAACAAGCCCACUGCCUCCGAACCUGUUUAAGUUGGUGCCAUAGUCUCCUUGUGUUGUGUUAUGUAUAAAUUAAUAUUGUAAAUUGCGAUGCGUCCUCACAUAAGCCCACCUAAAGCCUUACUGCAAAGACGUAUGUGUGUUUUUGAGUUCUCCACUUCACCCUGAGCGAGGGGACUGGGACAUUGUUGAAGUGCACUUGAUUUUAAAUGGUUAUUUUAUAUAUUACCUUGGAAGAAGUCCUUUUCUUUUUAAUGUUUAACAAUAAAUGGCUGAGGUAAUAACAUC